AUGGCUGGAAACGCCAAAAAGGUUGGUAGUGUAAAUCUACUUUCAGAAGAAAUGUUAGAUAAAGCUCAUCCAGACGCUGAAAAGAUAUUAAGACAUCAAGAUGAACUUAACGCAUCAUGGAAUGAGUUAGCCGACCUUGUUGACAAACAAAAAAGACAAUUAGAUUUAUCUUACCAGUAUAAUCAAUUUUUAAUCGAAAGUUCAGAAACAGCGAAUUGGAUAAAAGAUAAAGCAAAGUUAAUCGAAUCAACCGAUGAGCUAGAUAAUAACUUGGAGGGUAUUAUGCAGCUUCAGCGUAGACUUGGUGGAUUACAACGCGAUUUAAAUGCUAUUGAGGCUAAGGUUAAGCACUUGGAUGAACAAGCCCAAGAACUUACUGAAGCAAAACCAGAAACUCAAGCUGUUGUUAUAGCUGAAAAAGAGAAGAUUCAUGACUUAUGGAAUGAACUGAAAGAGAUCGUAAAAGAAAGAGAUGAUCGACUUAAUGAUUCAAGCGAAUUGCAACGUUUCUUACAAGAUUUAGAUCAUUUCCAAAUCUGGCUUCGUCGCACACAAAUCACUGUAGCUUCUGAAGAGGUUCCAAAUAAUUUAGAGGAGGCAGAGACCCUUUUAGACCAACAUGAACAAUUAAAAGCUGAAAUCGAUGGAUAUGAAAAUGACUUUCAUCGGCUUAUGGAUUUCGGCAGACGUGUGACUGAAGUUCAGACAGAUGCCCAAUACAUGUUUUUGGCCCAGAGAUUAGACGGUAUCGAAGAAAAUUGGGAAGCUUUACGAAGAAUGUAUGAAAACCGCACCGCAGCAUUACAAGAAGGUGUCGAAGCCCAAACAUUCUUUAGAGAUGCUUUACAAGCGGAGGUCCUUCUAGCGAAAAUGGAGAAGGUUGUUUCCAAGGAAGAAGCUCCUAUCAAUUUGGAGAUGGCACAAGAAAAUCUUCGUAAUUUUGAAACCUUCCGAACGUCAUUGGUGCCAACCGAUGAAAAGAUUGACAAUGUGUUGAAUGAUGGUGCGAAAUUGGUUGGUCGUGGAAUUUUCCCUACUGAAAAGAUUCAAAAUAAAUGUGAACAACUUAAACGACGACGAGACUCUCUAAAGAGGCGAGCAGAUGAACAUGGUCAAAACUCAAAGAACAAUUACAUCUACAAGAAUUUUGUCAGGACGUUGACGAUGCUGAAGAAUGGCUUGCUGAGAAAGCUAUGGCUAUUACAGAGCAACCGGCACCUAUUGCUCGAAGCAUUGCUGCAUUAUAUGGACGAUUUAAGGCGUUUGAAGGCGAACUUGAUGCCAACAAGGAGAAAAUUGCCAAAGUUAUUGAAGAGGGAGAAGAGCUUAUUGUAG